AGUAACUGACAGAUGGUUUAACCUAUCACAUGAGAGAAUCCAUCUCACGUCGGGGCCACUGGGUAGACGUCGUAAACUUUGACUUAUUCGACGUGCUUAGAUUCCGCCUUCUUCGUUACUGGGCUGUAUGUGGGUUUAAGAUUAAGAAACUAUCCCGCCCCUCGGAGGAUUCCGCUUAGACGCUCGGCGGGUACUCGUUUUGUCUAGCCCUUCCUCCUGUUGAUUUUUUUUCCAGUGAACGGGCGGAUCUGGGAGGGGAUAGGCCGGGAACGCUCACGUACAGCGAGGAAGGGUCGACCGAGUGCGCGCACCUCCCCUCCCCCUUCCAAGCCUCCUCUGCGAGUCUGGCUUGUAGCUGCAGCUGGACAGGUGGGACCUCAGGCGCGAGGCUAGGACAGGAGCUGGGCAAGAGCACGAGAUACAGCACCGGAGGCAAAAGCAGCAGCCACAAUGGCCAGCGCCUCGUACCACAUCUCCAACCUGCUGGAGAAAAUGACGUCCAGCGACAAGGACUUCAGAUUCAUGGCAACUAAUGAUUUGAUGACAGAGCUUCAAAAAGAUUCAAUCAAGCUGGAUGAUGACAGUGAGAGGAAAGUGGUAAAGAUGAUUUUGAAACUCUUGGAAGAUAAAAAUGGUGAAGUGCAGAAUUUGGCUGUGAAAUGCCUCGGCCCUCUUGUUAGUAAAGUAAAGGAGUAUCAAGUGGAGACAAUAGUAGAUACCCUCUGCACCAACAUGCUUUCAGACAAGGAGCAGUUGCGAGAUAUAUCUAGCAUUGGACUUAAAACUGUAAUUGGAGAGCUUCCCCCAGCAUCCAGCGGAUCUGCUCUUGCUGCAAAUGUUUGCAAAAAGAUUACUGGACGCCUCACAAGUGCUAUUGCAAAGCAAGAAGACGUGUCUGUUCAGCUUGAAGCCUUAGACAUUAUGGCUGAUAUGCUUAGCAGACAGGGUGGACUUCUUGUUAAUUUUCAUCCUUCGAUUCUAAGCUGUCUGCUUCCACAGUUGACAAGCCCAAGACUGGCAGUGAGAAAAAGAACCAUUAUUGCUCUUGGCCAUCUCGUAAUGAGUUGUGGCAAUAUAGUGUUCAUUGAUCUAAUUGAGCAUCUUCUGGCAGAACUGUCUAAAAAUGAUACCAUGUCUACUACUAGAACAUACAUACAGUGCAUAGCUGCAAUUAGUAGGCAAGCAGGACACAGAAUAGGUGAAUAUCUGGAAAAAAUUAUUCCGCUCGUUGUUAAAUUCUGUAACAUUGAUGACGAUGAACUCCGAGAAUACUGCAUUCAAGCAUUUGAAUCUUUUGUGAGAAGAUGCCCUAAGGAAGUAUAUCCACAUGUGUCUACCAUAAUAAACAUAUGUCUAAAAUACUUAACAUAUGACCCUAAUUACAAUUAUGAUGAUGAAGACGAUGAUGAAAAUGCAAUGGAUGCUGACGGUGCUGAUGAUGAUGACCAAGGAAGUGAUGAUGAAUACAGUGAUGAUGAUGAUAUGAGUUGGAAAGUAAGACGUGCAGCUGCUAAGUGCUUGGAUGCUGUAGUCAGCACUCGUCAUGAGAUGCUGCCAGAGUUCUACAAGACCGUGUCCCCAGCGCUAAUAGCCAGGUUCAAGGAACGGGAAGAAAAUGUGAAAGCUGAUGUUUUCCAUGCAUACCUCUCGCUUUUGAAACAGACUAGGCCAGUUCAGAGUUGGCUCUGUGACCCUGAUGCAAUGGAGCAAGGAGAAACUCCUUUGACAAUGCUGCAGAGUCAGGUUCCAAAUAUUGUAAAAGCCCUUCAUAAACAAAUGAAGGAGAAGAGCGUGAAGACUCGCCAGUGUUGUUUUAACAUGCUGACAGAGUUGGUCAAUGUGUUGCCUGGAGCUUUGACACAGCACAUUCCAGUUUUAGUGCCCGGAAUCAUCUUUUCGCUAAAUGACAAGUCAAGUUCUUCUAACCUGAAGAUAGAUGCAUUAUCGUGUCUUCAUGUAAUCCUUUGCAACCAUUCUCCUCAAGUCUUCCACCUACAUGUACAGGCAUUAGUUUUGCCCGUUGUUAUAUGUGUUGGUGAUCCAUUCUACAAAAUUACAUCAGAAGCUCUCUUGGUUACUCAACAACUUGUAAAAGUAAUUCGACCCCUGGACCAACCUUCUUCAUUUGAUGCUACUCCGUAUAUAAAAGAUUUGUUUACGUGUACAAUCAAGAGACUAAAGGCUGCAGACAUUGAUCAGGAAGUAAAGGAACGUGCAAUUUCCUGCAUGGGUCAGAUCAUUUGUAGUCUUGGUGAUAAUUUGGGUAGUGAUCUCCCCAGUACUCUUCAAAUUUUCCUUGAGAGACUAAAGAAUGAGAUUACAAGAUUGACCACAGUAAAAGCUCUAACACUUAUUGCUGGAUCUCCACUGAAAAUUGAUCUAAGGCCAAUCUUGGGAGAAGGUGUGCCUAUUCUGGCCUCAUUUCUAAGGAAGAACCAGAGAGCUUUAAAACUGGGAACCCUGUCUGCUUUAGAUAUUUUAAUAAAAAAUUAUAGCGACAGCCUGACUCCAGCAAUGAUCGAUGCAGUGCUUGAUGAGCUUCCGCCUCUUAUAAGUGAAAGUGAUAUGCAUGUUUCUCAGAUGGCCAUUAGUUUUCUUACAACAUUGGCUAAGGUAUACCCAUCCUCCCUGUCAAAGAUUAGUGGUUCAAUUCUCAAAGAACUUAUUGGCUUGGUGCGGUCACCAUUACUUCAAGGAGGCGCACUUAGUGCAAUGCUAGAAUUUUUCCAAGCUUUAGUGGUGACUGGAACGUCAAGUUUAGGCUAUAUGGACUUGCUGCGCAUGCUGACAGGUCCUGUUUAUGCGCAGAGUACUUCACUUACCCACAAACAGUCCUAUUAUUCUAUUGCCAAAUGUGUAGCAGCACUUACUAGAGCAUGUCCUAAAGAAGGGCCCGCUGUGGUUGGCCAGUUUAUCCAGGAUGUAAAGAACUCCAGGUCUACAGAUUCUAUACGUCUUCUGGCUCUGCUGUCUCUAGGCGAGGUUGGACAUCAUAUUGAUCUGAGUGGGCAACUGGAGCUGAAGUCUGUGAUUUUGGAAGCAUUUUCAUCUCCUAGUGAAGAAGUGAAGUCUGCUGCAUCUUAUGCAUUAGGCAGCAUUAGUGUGGGAAACCUUCCUGAAUAUUUGCCAUUUGUGUUACAAGAGAUAACUAGCCAACCUAAAAGGCAAUAUCUUCUACUUCAUUCACUGAAGGAAAUAAUAAGCUCUGCUUCAGUAGCAGGCCUUAAACCGUAUGUGGAGAACGUUUGGUCAUUACUUUUGAAACAUUGUGAAUGUGCAGAGGAAGGAACCAGGAAUGUGGUUGCUGAAUGCUUGGGCAAACUAACUUUAAUAGAUCCUGAAACUCUCUUGCCACGGCUUAAAGGUUACUUGGCUGCAGGUUCAUCUUAUGCUCGAAGCUCGGUAGUGACGGCAGUUAAGUUUACAAUUUCUGACCACCCGCAACCCAUUGACCCGCUGCUAAAGAACUGCAUUGGUGAUUUUCUGAAGACUUUGGAGGAUCCUGAUUUAAAUGUACGACGAGUAGCCCUUGUGACAUUCAAUUCUGCUGCUCAUAAUAAGCCAUCGCUAAUCAGAGAUUUGCUUGAUUCUGUGCUUCCUCAUUUGUAUAAUGAAACAAAAGUCAGAAAGGAACUAAUAAGAGAGGUUGAAAUGGGUCCUUUUAAACAUACAGUUGAUGAUGGAUUGGAUAUCCGAAAAGCUGCUUUUGAGUGCAUGUAUACGCUCCUGGACAGCUGUCUGGACAGACUAGAUAUUUUUGAAUUCCUUAACCAUGUUGAAGAUGGUUUAAAGGAUCACUAUGACAUAAAGAUGCUGACAUUUUUAAUGUUGGUAAGGCUCUCUACCUUGUGCCCAAGUGCAGUGUUACAGAGACUGGAUAGAUUAGUAGAACCUUUACGUGCCACGUGUACAACAAAGGUGAAAGCAAAUUCUGUGAAGCAAGAGUUUGAGAAACAGGAUGAAUUGAAGCGUUCUGCGAUGAGAGCAGUUGCAGCACUUUUAACCAUUCCCGAAGCAGAAAAAAGCCCUUUGAUGAGUGAAUUCCAGUCACAGAUCAGCUCAAAUCCUGAGCUCUCAGCCAUUUUUGAAAGUAUUCAGAAAGAUACUUCCUCUGCUAACAUGGAGUCGAUGGACACUACAUAAAUGUUAUUAGGAGAGACCAUAAUGUUGACCCAUACAAUGCACUGAAAUUAACAGGUUAUAAGUAAGGCAAGAGAAUGAAAUAUCUAAAUUUGAAGCUUCACGAUGUUCCAUUUUUCUCUACGUUUUAAGGAGACAGUUUGGCUUAAUUCCAUUGUUGCUUUUUGUAGCGUUUAUUCCAGGACUAUAUAUUUACAUAAUCCUAAAGUUAUGGGGUUCAGCCAUUUUAAAGAUGGAUCUAGCUUAGAACAUACGGUGUGUGGAAAUAACUUCAGACAUUUUUUUUCCAGUAAUGUUUAGGAUAAAACCUGUUACAAAUGGACCAUGAACAUUUUUUUUUAAAUUCCAUACUUCUCUUCAAGCAGGUGACCACAUGUUUUUUUUUCUUUUGUAUGACAUCUCUUUCCUUUGUUUCUUUUGAUUCAGAUACAUAAAUGACUUCUGGCUUGCAGAUCAAA